UGUUACAUUUAUAACACAAUAGAUAGGUUAAUUAAGAAAUAAAACAAAAUUGUUGUACUACAGUUAAUUAAACAAACAAAUUAUAAUAAUUAAUGAUUCACAUAUCGUCCAGAGUUGUUAACAGUGCCUUAAUAUUUGGAAAUUAUAUUAAUCCUUAUGAUCGUUGAAAACGUUGUAAUUUUCUCGUUGAUGUUUACUAAAAGUCUAUAAAAGCUUAAUACUUUUUUACUAGAAAAAAUAAGGAUGGUUUCAAAUGGUAUAGGGUUUCGAAAUGGUACAAUAACUUUAGAUGAACCAAAAGAGGUCUACUACUCAGGGCAACCGAUUUUUGGGAAAGUUAACUUUGAGCUAAAUAACAGUCUGUCAUUUUUGUGCUUAAAUGUGAUUUAUAAGGGCGAAGCAAAUGUUUUAUGGACAGAAGAGGAGCAAGAAGUCUAUCAUGGUGUAAAAAAGAAAAAAAUGGUUAAAUAUGCGGGACAUGAAGAAUAUUUCAACUUUACACAAUGUAUUAUUGGAGGCAAUGGUGUAUCAUCACUUCCAGCCGGGAACCAUUCUUUACCAUUUCAAUAUCAGAUACCUUUCAAUGCUCCAUCAUCGUUUAAAGAGGAAAAAGGUGAAAUUACAUACAAUGUGACAGCAUAUUUGCUGCUUCAAGAUGGAGUUACUAAGGAGGAAAUUGUAAAACAAUUUCAAGUUAUUGCACCUUUGGAUUUAAACACUGAAGAAAUUAAGAGACCCAUAGAGAUGGAGUUCGAGGAGGUGUACAGCUGUAACUGUGCGUGCGCGCAACGUGCGCUACACGUGAGUGUGAGUGCGCCGCACUCAGGCGCCAGUCCGGGCGAAUGCGUGACGCUGACUGUGCGCGCACACAACCGCGCCAAUGUAGAGGUCUCGAAGAUAGUGUUCCAACUGGCCAGGAAAAUGCGGUUUUUAAGUCAGCAGCCGAUGUCAACGGUUAUACCGCCAGAGGAAAUCAUCAUGUCGAUGGUAAAAGGACCGAUCCUGAGUAAAACGAACCGAGAGUACAACUUCGAGCUCGUGUUGCCGAAGUUCAUCGCUUUGAACCUCGACAACUGCGGAAUUAUAGAUGUGGGCUACUUUUUGAAAGUCACAAUGAAAGUGUCAGGCUGCAAUGACGAUAUUUCCGAUGAAGCUCAGUUUUGCAUGGGUCUGGUGCCUGUUGGUAGUACUGCAGACGUAAAGUUGACUCAUCCCAUGGCUGACUGCCUUCCGAACGCACCCAUACCUAAUCCAGACAACCCGCUAUAUGUCAGCCAACCUUACACAGAAGCUUUUGUUAAUGCGCCAAACUUUCAAAAUAUACAAAUAUGUCCGCCGGGCCCUAUCCCUAAUUUCCCGUAUCCCGUUGUAGCAAACGUGGUCGAUGGAAAUAUGUUUGGUUCUAAAAACAUUCUUCCAGGUGUCUUCGAAACUAAUGCAAUGUCCCGAACUGAUCAAAACUCCACAUCCAUGCCGAUACCGACCUUUCCAACUUUACCCGAAGGUCAAGCCAUCCCAUAUAUGAUUCCUCAGAGUCCACCACCACCCUACUCGAUGCAACCUUUUUCACCAGUACCGUCAGCGCCACCUUCGUAUUAAAUUAAAAAAAGUCAUAUUUUGAAAUAAAUUUUAGAAAACAUAUAAUAUAAUAAUACUUUUUUUAACAUUUUUAUAAUAACAUUCUAACUAUCGCUUAAAGUAACUAUAGUAUAAAAAAAUAUGUUUAUGCUUAAUUAAUCUAUUAUUCCAAGAAAAAAGUAACUCAUAAGUUUUUGUAUAUGUUAUUUUACUAUCAUUAGUAAAUAACAAUUACUGUCUGUGAUAUACUAUGUUCAAAUUUUAGGUGCCAUUUUGAAUAAAUUACGUCCUUAGACAUUUAUAUUAUAAGUUAUCCGCGCGCUAUUACAAUGCGAUGGAACCUUCGCAGUAAAUCGAAAGUGACCGUUCUGGAGCGGAGGACCGUUAGCAAAGAAGUUCUAAAUAAUAGUUAUCCGAUUAUGGAAAAGUCAAAAGUGGGUUAUGAUUUUAGCAGAUUACGUCUAUAUGGGAAAGCGUUGGUAUGUACGUUCAUCUGCCAGAAUUAUUUCAUGUUAUUAAUCUAACCUUACUAUUGUAAAAUUCUCAAAUUAUGCAGUAAAAAAUCACAAAUAAAAAUCCAGUUGAUUAGUGUACCAAUAAAUAUUAACACGUCCUAUCGUCUCGCUAGUUGUCGAGUUUAUCACUAACUCGCGGACCUUGUGUCUUUGUUCUAAUAGGUCGCAUCACUUUCUAAUCGCGUGCGGAUUACAUCGUGAUUAUAAAUUGGAAUUUUUAGUUAGAAGCAAAUCGACAACGGAUUAAAAAUAAUUUAAUACCGUAUUGCUAGGAACUUAAAGUCUACAUUCUAAAGUACAGUAACAUUCAAUCAUGCUAUCAGCUGACCUAAAAAAACCAGUAAUUGGUUGCAAAGAUUAUUUUUUAUUUAAUAAGUGUGCGUAUAAAAGAUUUUAAAAAAUUGUUUUCAUUUUAAUAAUUAUAUUGAAUAUGUUCAUAUAAUAUAAAUAAUUUUAUAUUGUUCGUGCAAAAGGUCAAAUAUACCUUAAAUUACGUGUAUAUUAUUGGAAAACAUUUUAACUGAUUCUUUAUUUUUUUAUAUGUAUACUAAAAUUACAAUCCUUCCAGUUUGAAAUCACAAAUAGAAAAAAAUAUAUAUGUAAACACUAUUUUUCGCACUAACAAU